CCGGCUGACCAUUCCCCACGCCCCGAGAGCCCUGCGCUGGUGGAGGAUCCUCAGGAGACAGCAGGGGACAGCGAGGGGGUGGCAGGGGGGCUGCCCUGGCCCCUCUGGCACAAGCAGCGCCAAAUGGAGGAGGAUUUUGGGGAGCUGCUGGAGCAGUACAAGCACUUCAAGUCCUUGCCGGAGUCGCUGAGCCUGGAGCAGCUGAGCCUGGUGGGGAGCCAGUCCCAGGAGGAGGUGGAUGCACCCACGGCAGGGGAUGGUGGCCCCAGCAAGGUCCCCUGCAGGACACGGUCACUCGAGGAGGAGCCCAGCCUCGAGCCCUUGGCCUUGCACCUCCCACAGAGAAGAGCUGCGACUCUUCCCCCCAGAGGAACCGCAAACCUGGAGGAGACACUGGGCCACCCCUCCCCUGCACCUGCUGAGGAGCCACCAGCCUCUGCCAAGCCCCCCCUGGGGGUCCCUGGGCCACCACGGGUGUCCCUGUCCCUCGGUGGGACAGGCAGCGGUGCCACCCAGCCUGGGCCCCACAAGGAGCAGCGCAUCGUGUCCCCAGAGACCGACAGUGGCUUCGUGGGCUCGGAGGCCAGCAGGGUGUCACCCCCCAUGCACACCCCCGAGCAACAUCCCCCUGGUCCAGGGGCUCCGGGCUCGCUGGGACCCUCCGUCCCCAUCCCCAGCAGCCUCCGCACCCCACGGGAGAGAGAGACGACCCCGCUUCCCUCCGAGACAGCACUGAUGGGCAUC